AUGGGUAGAAGUGAUCUCGCCGGUGAAGAGGAUGUUCAACUCGCUGAAGCCGACGCAGAAGAGCCAUUCGGCGAAGGAAGGAGAGCCGAACGCAGCCGAUGCCGAUGGCGCUUCGAUGGAGGGCGGAGAAACCACAUCGGUUGUGGAUACGGUGCAGGAAACGAACGCUGGGGCUGGAGUCGAGGCGGCGGAGGCGUCGACGAGCCGAUCUGCGUAGUGUAUAUUGUGUUUUGA